AUGAUGCUUCUUCAAACUGGACCGGCAUCACUCAAUGGUAGUAAUUCCUCGUCAUCGUCGACCAUUUCAUCAAACACAAACACAACAACCGCAACAGCUAUUAGUAAUACAUCAUUGCCAUUGCAUCAUCCACCAGCGCCAUCAUCAAUCACAUCAUCGUCCAGUGCCUCAUCAACACCGCCUAUUCGGGAUGUAAAUGGUUAUUUAGAAAAUAUACAGGAUCAACUUAAAGAAGGAUACACAGUUCAUACAGCGAAAGAUUCGAGACUUUAUUACUGCAAUCACAUAACAAAAACUGCAAGUUGGCUACCACCUGCUGAAAAUUGGGGACCAAACAUUGAAGAGCCAUUUGGAUGGGAAAAAGCAAUAACAAGUUCGUCUGAAAAUGGACAGUUUUAUUACAUAAAUCAUUUAAAUAAAACGACAACUUUUGAACGACCUCAGCGAUAUGGUUAUGAUGUUACACCACCUGAACCAAGAACCGUUGUGCUUCAAAGAAGUAUAGCUAUGGGAUUCGGCUUUGUUGCAGGAAGUGAAAAGCCAGUUAUAGUUCGAUUUGUCACAGAAGGUGGUCCAUCUGUCGGCAAGUUGGAACCUGGUGACCAGAUUCUUGCGGUAAAUGGAGAAGACGUAAAAGAAGCUCCACGAGAUCAUGUCAUUCAAUUAGUACGAAAUUGUGAGACAAGUGUAGAACUUAUUGUUACACAACCACAAUUAAAUUAUUGCACAAAUGGACGCAAAUCAACUAUAUUAUCACCUGCAAAGAAGAAUAAACUCAAGUCAAGGCCAACUCGAGUGAGAUUUGCUGAAUCAGUCUGUGUGAAUGGUUCACCUUUGUUUCCGCCUUCAGCAUUUUCAUUGAAUGAUGUUCUCAUACCGCCUAUGGCAAAUGUAUUAAAAGUUUUUCUGGAAAAUGGCCAAACAAAAUCGUUUAAAUAUGACACGACAACAACUGUUGAGGAUGUUGUUACAUCAUUAAAAGAGAAACUUUGCAUUUCUGCUGGACAACAUUUUAAUUUGGUGCUCGAACAUGUUAAAAGUCUGAAAAGGAAUAAACUUACAUUAUUAGAUCCACAAGAAACUUUAGCUAGAAUUGCAGCUCGUCCCGGUGCUCAUAAACUUCGAUGCUUAUUUCGUGUUACUUUCGUACCAAUCACGGCAGCAGACAUAGCUCAAAAAGACUUGAAUGCUUUAGACUAUCUGUUUUUGCAAUGUUGCAAUGAUGUUAUACAGGAGAGAUUUUCUCCGGAGCUCCAAGCUGAUGUUGCAUUACGUCUCGCUGCUUUGCAUAUGCAUCAUCAUGCACUCGCUAACAAUAUAUCACCGUCUAAAUUGACAGUGAAAACUGUUGAAAGAGAAUUUGGACUAGAACGCUUUGUGCCUACAUCCUUAAUAGAGGGAAUGAAACGAAAAGAGCUACGUCGAUUAAUAUCACAUUUUCUAAAACUCAACUCAACAAUGACGGGAUCGUCGACAAAAAUUCUAACUCAACUGCAAGCUAAAAUUCAUUAUCUUGAUAUCAUAUCAGCUCUACCAAGUUAUGGUGCUAAAUGCUUCAGUACAAAUCAACGAGACGGUGUUGAACGAGUUCUUCUCGUUAGUCAUAAAUUUGGUUUAAGUCAAAUAGCUGGCUCAAAAAAUGCAGUACCACAAUCAAUAUGUACAAUUGAAGAAUUGUCACGUGUCGUUGUUACACGGGAGGAUGAUAUUUCAUGUUCUGUUGCUGUUUUUGUAAUGCCCGAUAAGCUCAUCACGUUCUCAAUGGAUGAUAGAGAUGCUAAUGAAUUUGCUAUUGUAUUGGCUGGUUAUUAUAGACUGAUUGCAGGAAAAGAGCUCGAAGCACAUACAGAGCAUGACAAGGAAAUAAAUCAAGAUGAUAUUGCACCGCCAUAUCUGUCUCAACACUACGUUUUUCCGGUGGGAUGGAAUUACUUACCUGACGAUAAGCCGACUCACAUUAUGGCAUUUUUAAUGCCACCACCAUAUCAUUCAACAAAACAGCUUUUACUAACAUCUUCAAAACAGAAUUUUGUUGGAAGCAUCGUAACAAAUAAUAGCAAUACUAAUAAUAAUGUUAAUAAUAAUAAUAACGAUGAACAUAUGGCAAAUAAAAACUACUUAUCACCAUCAUCGAUAAUAAAAUAUACAACACAAUGUUCAUCUGAGUCUGAUGAGUUCGGCUUCGACAUGCACAGUGUAGUGUCAAUGGAAAUUUUAGAAAAUCAAGACCAAUAUAGACAAUCACUAAAACGUUCCACAAAACAGAAGUUGACAACGUUUGUUGAGGCAAAGAAUCAGGAAGUUUUACGACGAGUGGCGGAAAUGCAAGAAAUGGUUGAGAGCUCUCAACAAUACUUAAAUGAAAAUCAUACUCCUCAUGAGAACGGAUUCAUAAAAGAGAAUGGAAAUGUAAAUUACUGGCGUGAGACGUCAGUUGAUAUUGAGAGUGAUAAUGAAAGUCAAUCGGGUAAUAACCAAUCUUUUGUUAAUGAUACAAAUACAUCCAUUGCAACACCAAUAAUACAAAAUGAAUAUAAACCGCCCACUACAGAACCCAUAACUUUAAAACACAGUGAUUCACUUACACUCCUCGCCGAGACAAUAAAGAACGAUUUAAAUGGAAUCAAUAAUGGUUUAAAUGCUAUUUACACUCCAUUUGAUUGCCAUUCAAAUGAAAGCAGUAGUACAGCAAAUGACACAAACAGUACAGCGCUGCCAUCAAUUUCAAAUACACCAAAAGUUCAUCGACGGCUUAAUGGUCUAAGCCAAAUUAUUAGCGAUUUGCAAGCACUGGGAAAUGAUUCAAGUGAUUGUGAUUCAGAAUCAUUGAAUAACUCACCUAUUCAUCAGAAUGGAGUUUCACAAAAUAUUAAUUCAAGUGAAAUGGAAGCGCAUUUAAGAAAUUUAACAAAUCCAAAAACAUUCAAACAAAUAAGAACAAGUUUUGGUCUUCAUUCACCAGAUUCAUUGGGAGACGCAAAAGAUAUGAAUCUUAAAGAAUAUUUGAGGCAGUUAAAAGAAGCUAGCACUAAUGACAAUAAUACAGGACAGGAUUUAGCUGCAAAGAAAAUUGUAGAACUUUAUGGGUAUGAAAUCGGUGAAGACAUGAUUGAGACAGAUCCAGAUUUAAUUGAUCUUACAACAAUACCUCCACCUCAAACCCCUGAUGAACUCGACAUUCCAAAUAAUUUAUUAAGUAUUCCACCUUCGGGUUUUGAUGAUGUUGAUGGAAAAAGCAGACAAAAUUCUCAAGAAAGUGGUGAGUUGGAGGAAUUUUUAAAGAAGGUAAGAGUUGAACCCCCAACAAAAAUUGUUACUCCUGCUGUUGAACUUACACCCGAAGAAAUUGCCCAAUUUAUAAUUCCACCACCGCCAAUAUUAUCAAAAAAUACAUCAAUUACUACUCAAUCUGUGUGUAACAAUAAUAAAACAAUUCCAUCAUCACCGUUAAGUGUUAAACCAAUAAGUUUAAAACCAAUACCACCUACGAAACCUUCUCCACUUUCGUCACCCCUCAAACCAGUGCCGCUACCAAAACCAUUUUUCAAUAACAAUAUUAUUGCAACGAAUGCACGUGAAAAUCAAAAUUGUAAUAGUUUCUAUGAUAAUCAACAUGGUUUCAUGAACUGUUGUGAUCAUUCAUUCAGCUUACCACAACCGAUUAACAUUCCAUCAUCACUGGAACAAGGCCCCGGAACACCUGAGAAUAAUGUAAAAAAUAAAGUCAUGUUGUUUAAUAAUGGACAUAAUAACGACAAUACUAAAAAUCCUUUUGAUUAUGCAUCUGUGGAUCGUAGAGUAAAGUUUUCCUGUUGCACUAAAUCUCCAACGAUUAUUAAUGGCACGAGUACAUAUACAAAUGAAAAUUUGAGCAGCAGCGAUGAUAAUGAAUCAUUAAUAUUGCCUCCAAAGAGAAAUCAAGCUAAUGGUCAAUCCUGUAAUAACAGAAAAGUACCAGAUAGGCCACCAAAAAGCGUAGAGCUUCAAUUGAGAUUAAAUUCGCCAGUUAAAACAUCAGCAACAAUAAAUUUAAAUCAUAAUUACGGUCCCUAUAGUCUUUAUAAUAACACCACAGAUAACAGUACACCUCCAUCACUUCCGCCACGUAUAAAUGAAAAAUCAUCACCGCAAACAGAUACCUUACGAAAACCACCAUUACCACCGAUUCCGCAAAAGCCAGUUUUAUUUUCAUCAUCAUCGAACUCUCCCAUGGGAUCACCUUCGCCUAAAAGUCCUUUGUCAUUUUUGAAAAAUGGUAGCACAAACUCAUCUCCGAUUCGAACAGUUGGCUCACCACAUUUGCAUCAUCGUCAUUACAACACAUUAAAAGAAGCAGAUAGAACAAUAUUUAAUUUCAAUCAAACUAUUAUUAAUAGUGAAAUUAAUCCAAUCAUGUCACCACCGGCUAUUUUACGACAUCAAUCGAACGGAUAUUAUGUAGCAUCAUCCCAGAAUGGACAUGACUAUAAAGACAAAAUUCCUUUAUCAGUGUUAUGUUCACCACAAUUUUCGCGCAAGCCAUGUAAUUAUUUUCCAUUACCCAGCAGCCCACAGCUAGCAAAUAGAAAUGGUCAUGUUAUAAAUAUAGCAACACUUAUGACAAAAACCAGUAUGGCUAUGUCUGGAUUAUUAAUGAAAUUGGAUCAAGUUGCUAUAUUAUGUGCAGACGCACAAAAUGCUGGAGGUGGACAAGAAAUAGAUGAGGAAAAAUUUCAAUUGGCAAAAGACGAACUAACUGGAGUUUCUUUAAACUUAGUAACCGCAUCUAAACUCUUAGUGAUUGCGAUGUCUGACAAUAAUGCUCAAAAUCUACCUGAACAUUUGACAGCAUGUUUAACAGCUCUUAGGAGAAUAACUGAACUCGGACAAGAUUUGGUGCGAUUUACCACGGCACCGCUUCAAACGAGAAACAUAAUAUUAAAAAUUCACGAUGUAGCAUCAAGUUUUCGUGAAAUGGUUUGCGUUCCGCUUGGUCCAAGUGGUGCAGGGCAGCUAGCAUUAAAUGCAAAUUGUUUGGCAAAUGUACUAGCAACAUUGUUGCGUAGCUUAAGGGUAUUCUCUCCUUAG